AAGCGCGGUUACAAAGUCUACCGGGAGAAGAGUGAAUAAAAGAAGGACAUACUGCGUGGAUAUUUUGGAGGUUUUUCAUGCCCUGUCCAAGUGAGAUCUAGUAGUGCCAGUUCAGAGACCAAUCUAAAAGAUAUGCCACCAAGGCGAAAAAGAAAAGCAGCUACAAGAGAAGAAACCAAGCUGAAGAAACAGAAGGAGGACUGUUUGACAAGCAUAAAGCAGCAAACUAUAACUGAUGAGCUGGGGAAACCCUUCUCACUAAGGAGAUGUCGAGCAUGGUUUGAACACUAUGCAGGUCAAGAUGAACCAGAUACAAUUGGACCUGAGGGAGUUGAAAAACUCUGCAAGGAUCUUGGGGUAGAUCCAGAAGAUAGCGUUAUGCUUGUAAUAGCAUGGAAACUACAGGCAGCAACAAUGGGAUUUUUUACCUUUCAUGAAUGGAGCAAAGGGAUGCUCUCAAUAGAAUGUGACUCAACAGCCAAGCUUAAAGCACAGUUAAAUGGCCUGAAGUCAUUAACAAGUGACAGCGCAACUUUUAAAAAGAUCUACCGCUAUGCAUUUGACUUUUGUAGAAAUCAAGACCAGCGCACUUUAGAAAUAGAUACAGCCAUGGCAAUGAUGAAUCUCUUACUCCAUGGUUCAUGGUCAUUGCUAGAUGAUUUCUUAGAAUUUUUACGGGUAUGUUAUCAAGGACAAUGGUAUAAGGGUAACUUUAUUCACACAGUGUUUGUGUUCAAAGGUUACAGCUUGUGAUACCAUGUACAUGCAAUCUUCUGUAG